AUGGCAAGUCCAGCCUGCUGUCAACGCCCUCCUGUCACGGUCGAGUACAAGACCCAGGGCCGCUGGGAUGAAUUUGCAGGACUGAAGACAUACAUUGUUGGUCCCGAGAACGCCACCAAGGCCGUCAUUGACAUCUAUGACGUCUUUGGCAUGUGGCCCCAGACCCUGCAGGGCGCUGACCUCAUCUCGGCCCUGACGGGCGCCCUGGUCAUCGUGCCAGACUUCUUCGAGGGCUCGGCCGCUGGAAUCGAUUGGAUCCCGGCCGACACUCCGGAGAAGCAGAAGCUGGUCGGCGAGUUCAUCCAGACCAAGGCUAGCUUUGACAAGAACGUGCCCGCCCUGAUGCGCGUCCGCAAGGCUCUUUCUGGCCGGUACCCUGCCGUGGACGACCACAUCGGCGUCUUUGGCCUGUGCUGGGGUGGCAAGGUCGGCGUCCUGGCAUCGGGUGCCGACAACGAGGGUCCAGGCCGGCGCUUCAACGUCUGCGGAACGGCACAUCCUGGACGUCUUGAUAUCAAGGAUGGCGAGUCUCUCACCGCUCCAUACAUCUUGCUGGCGUCCAAGGACGAGCCGGCCGAGGUCGUCGAGGAGUACAGGACCCUGCUAUCACAGCCUGGAAAGAUCGGCGAGGUCGAGACGUAUCCCGAUAUGCACCAUGGCUGGAUGGGUGCAAGGGCUGAUUUGGCAAACGCCAGCAACGUGAAGGAGUACACGCGUGGUUAUGAGCAGAUUGCAGCCUUUUUUAAGAAGCAUCUCUAA